AUGCCCGAGCCGAAAGGCUUGUCCGGCAGCCUUCACCCGAAAGGUCAAGACCAAGACCCUCAGGGCCCUCAGAGCCAUCAGGGCCAUCAGAAUCAGGGCCGUGGCGGAGAGGUAGCGACUGGCCGUUGUGAGCGCAGACCCGGCCCAGACCUUCAGCGGAUCGCAGAAGCUCGCACUCCUGGAUGCCGCUUUUCAGUGCCUGCCUUGUGGGAGAGGCGGAGAUGUAUCCUCACGAUCGGAUCGGAGGAUCUUCGUGUCUACGUUGCUUAUCACAAGCCACCAACAGUGUUUCCGCUGAGCAGCCUUCGGCUUCGCUCGGGCUCUUCGCACCUCGAGCUCAGCCGCACUAAUUGGACCACAAAGCUGCUCCGGCGCAUGUGCUGCUGUGAACCCUUGACCAUGGUACUCAAGCUAAAGCGAAGUCAGGUGGAAGAUGUUCGCAACGUUCUGUUCCCACAGCAAGAUGAUGCACCGACGUCUCUCGGCGUGCCCCUUGCAGAUUUUCCAGCGGAAGUACUUCAUGUUCUCUCUGAGUUUCUGAGUCUUCCGACCAUUCAUGACAUCAUGCGAAGCUGCAAACAACUGCGGGUAACACUCCGAGCCGACAGCUUCUGGCAGCACUUCUAUGUCAAGCUCUUCCCGUUGGUCGUACGGGACAAGGUUGAGGAGUUUACGGACUUGGGCGGCUGCACCGUUCUGGACAAAGUAGCUGUGGCAACCCUCCGUUUCUGCAACGUCUGCCAUGCACGGAGACUUGUUCCCGGCUUCUGCAGUUGCGGCGCCAGACAUCAGUUCAACAAGUUCGUCCACUUCGACAUGCGGGCUGCUGAGAAGCUUCGUCUUGGCCUCCACAGUCUGAGCAUGCACUUGCACAUCAAAGGAUUCAAUUUGCAAAGUGCAUGUCUCUCCUUCUCGUCACGUUACCAUGGGAAUUCCUUAGCGAGCCUGCUACGCCAAACUGCAGCAUUAGGGAGGAUGCAACUGUUGGCGUGUGAAAGUCUCUCUGGCGAAGUCUUCGGUGCCUUCUUCGGCUUCCCGCUGAAGCGCCGCUCCUCGCGCGCUUAUGGUGCUCGUGACAAACUCAUGCUCUUCAACAUCCGCAUCGAUGGCACCCUGCGCAUCUUCGACGGCGACUGUGGCGACCGCGAGACAGUGCAAUCACUUCCAGAUGCCUUGAUAAUUGGCACGUCUUCAGAAGCGGCCUUAGCUUUGAACUGGGACCUGAGCAUAGCAAGCUGUGCGUCCACAAACCUCUGCUACGGUGCAUGUCUGUGUGCCUCAAGGGUCCCUCUGAGAUCUGUGGCGACUUUUUCAGACAAGAGGACCGACAAGAUCCUGGAUCGUCGAAUUUCUCACCUAACAGCUGCCGACUUGGGGAGCGAUGCGGAAGUGCAGCGUAACAUGACGAGGCAGCUGCUCCAGUUGUCUGGACACCAAGACAUGCGGCAUUACUUCGGAUAG